CUCAAAGUGCUCAAGUAUAUAAUGGCAGAAGUAGCACACAUGUAUCCACUAACAUCAUCAUCUUCAUUUAGUUUUCCCAGGACCAAUGAGUUAGGCUCUGUUGAUUUGUUCCUAGAAAAUCUAAAGGAACUAGCAAGCUGCGAUGAAACUGAUCAUUCACUUGCUUUCCCAGUUGAUAGCAUCGACAUAGUCCAAAAAAAUCUCACAUUCUUAAGAUCUUUCCUCGAGAAUAUGAAGGAGAAGCGCAAUCAGAAUGGCAAACUCAAAACUUGCUGGAAUCGUGUUAUGGAGAUUGCAUACAAGGCAGAGUUAGUAAUUGACUCGAUAGUUGUCAGUGAUAAAGGUCAUUACUUUUUGGAUGCUGUUGCUGAAGACAUCAAUCUUAUGAAGAUCGAGGCCCAAGAGAUCUGUGACAGCACAAGUUAUAAUGGUGAAAUCAAGAGAGUUACCAGGGCUUCCGUUCAUAUGCCAUCUCAAUUAACUGCCGCCAUGAAGAUCUUAUGGGUCUUGGAGACGAGGUGGAAACUAUCACUGACAGACUUACAAGAGGAACAAAGCAGUUGGAUGUUGUUCCUAUCGUGGGUAUGCCUGGGCUUGGACAUUGGGGCAUGGAAUUUGUUGAGAAAUUCACUACCGGAUGAUGCCAAUGGAAGCAGGAUCAUGUUCGCCAGCAAAUAUCAGAAUUUGUCUUCGCUAUUUAAAGGAGAUUGCAAGCCUCACCAUCUUCGCCAACUUACUGAUAAAGAGUGUUGGGCUUUGCUGCAGACUAAGAUAUUUGGCAAAGAAGGAUGUCCUCCUAUACUAAGUGAAGUUGGAUUCCGAAUAGCAACAAACUGUAAAGGACUACCUCUCAUUGUUGUCCUGGUUUCUGGAAUUCUUGCUACUACUGAUCAAGAUUGCUGGGAAGAAACUGCGGAAACUCUAAAUGCCAGCAUUAUUCUUGACACUGGAAACUGCAUGAAGACUCUUGAGCAGAGUUAUAGUCAUUUACCAGAUUAUUUGAAGCCAUGUCUUCUUUACUUUAGUGCAUUUCCAGAUGAACGAGAUAUUUCUGUACAAAGGUUGUUACAGCUUUAUAUUUCUGAAGGAUUUGUUCAAAAGACUGAAAGAAAGAGCUUAGAGGAAGUGGCCAAUGACUGCUUGAUGGAUUUGAUUGCUAGAAGUUUAGUUAUGGUUACUCGAGAAAGAACUCUGGGAGGUGCCAAAGCCUGCCAAGUUCAUGAUUUGGUACAUGAAUUUUGUGUGGAAAAAGCCAAACUAGAAGGUUUUGUACAUAUAAUUGAUAGGUAUAAAGACCCUUCUUGUCCUACAGGACCUUGCAACUACAAUCCCCACCGACUGUGUAUUUACAAUACAAUGGUAGAGGUGGUUAAGCAGUCAAGGCAAUUUUUUCCCAAUUUACGCUGUUUGCUCUUCUUUCCUAGCUAUGAGCAGAAUGCUACAGAUCUGGAUUUGGGGUUUUUGAUGUCUAAACUUCUUAGAGUGUUGGAUUUGGGAAACUUUGACUUUUGUGAAUCAUUUCCAUUGGAAGUACUAUGCCUUGUUCACUUGAGAUACUUGGGGAUUAAUCUGAAAAUAGACUUUGUUCCAUCUGCAAUAGCCAAUCUCUCAAGGUUACAUACUUUGGUGGUUUAUGGAAGCAUUACUCAUGUCGAGUUGCCAAAGACUAUCUGGAAUAUUAAGACGUUGAGGCAUCUUUGGGUAUAAAGUUAUUAUAUAUACGGUUUUAGUUUUCCCAGUGACAAUCUUGAAGAAUCCCCGGAUUUAGUUCAUUUAGAAACUCUAAACCUUAUAAUUGAUCCCUCUUCUCAAAGCUUGCAAAAGAUACUGAAAAAGUUACCCAACAUCCGCAGGCUAAAGUGUGUUGGAGUCUCAGGGCUCUAAACAGCAUCUUCUGGAAUUUGCUAUGGGACUCUGAUGCUGGAUCAUUUGAGUCUACUAGAAUCCCUAAAGGUAGUAUGUGGAUUUGAAGCAUUCGAGUUUGAAUUUCCAUUAAAUUUGAGAAAGUUGACUCUCUCAUGCAAUGACCGGACAUGGAGUGAAAUUUCAGCAAUUGGAAAGCUGCCCAACCUUGAAGUUCUUAAAGUUAGAGAUUCCUUUGUGGGGGAAGAAUGGGAAAUGAAAGAAGGGGAAUUCUGUAAUCUUCGAUGCUUGGAGCUAUCAGAUUUAGGCUUUUGCAGGUGGACUGCCUCUGCUGAUAAUUUUCCCCGUCUUGAGAAAUUGGAUUUGCAUUAUUGUGAGGCCCUGGAAGAGGCCCCUUCUUGUUUAGGGGAAUGUUCGACUCUUGAAAUGAUUGAGGUGAAAGGGUGUAGUGAGUCUGCUGUAUGUUCUGUAAAGCAAAUUGGACAAGAGCAGAUGGAAAUGGGAAAUCAGGGUCUAAAGAUCAUUAUGUGAAGUUAUUGCUGAUCCAUGUUUUCUUGGUACUAAGAUCAAAUUGAAGUUAUUGGUGAUUUCUGUUUACUUACUACUCAGAUCAAAAGGAGUCACAGACUCACCGCCCUCUCAUCGUAUUUUACAGUGGUGAGCCAUUCCUGUCUUUUCUUGAAUUGGAUAGAAUCAAUUCAGAGUGGGAUUCCAUUCAGUAGGUUAGAUGUACUACCACAGUACCACUUGUAUAUUCUGAAUUAGUUCAAUGACAGCUAUUCAUGUUUCUUUAA